GGCGUUUUCUUUUCCUUGACGGCGAUGUCGCGCAGUAAUGGAACCAGUACUCGUCCAGAACCAGAGGUCAUCAUGAAUUUCGCCGACGGUUUUUCUUAUGUGAAAGCCAAACUGGAUGAAGCCUACGUCGCUGUAAUAGGGCAAGAUCUGCCAACAGCUCAGAGUCAGAAAGUCCAGUACAAGAAGGAAGAUCUUGAUCUACUGAUAAACGAAUUCGAAAUUUCAAAGGCUCAGGCUGAAAAGGCGUUGGCAGCGAACGAAAAAGACCUUGUCAAGACUGUUCAGGCCUUGAUCAGAGCACCAGAAUGAAAUGCGAUACCGAGGGUCUUUCCUACGUUGUUCUGGCCCAGUGGAUGAGAUUACCCUCUCUGACGGAUGGCGGCGGCGGGACCUGCUUUGACUCACGUCUAAAACUGAUGCUGAACUACCGGGUAGUGUACAUUCCCUGAGCAAUGUAGACCUUCACUAGCAGUCAUCGGCAACCAGCUUACCGCGACCUCCCUCCGAUAGCAAGAGCAUCUCCGACGCGUCGGUGUUACAGCCAUGCGAGCGACACCAAAGGAAGAAUUUGGAUAGUAUAAAGAAUCAUGGCAAGAGUCUGGCAAGUGCAAGUGAUAAUAUUGAAAUAAAGACAACAGUCUGUGAAUUCGUACCUGUACUCUAAGUAGUAUAUUGACUGGGUAGCACCCCAGUAGUGGCUGAGCCCUG